UGCUCCUCCACCUGCCCACAUCCCUUCUCUCGGCUUAGCCAAGUCCGUCCUCCGCUCAGCAUCCAUGUCCGAACAGAUUUUCCUGGUGAAAUCCUAGGUCUGCCGCCGAGCGCUAAAAUGGAAGCUUCAAACCUCCACACCUAUCGCCGAACCAGAGGAGGUAAAGGGAAGAGGUAACGGGUGGGGCAGAAGGAUAAAGGAGGGGAGAGAGAAAGCAAGAAAGAAAAUGAAAAUGAAAAAGAAUAGAAAUGACAAACAGUGUCAUCUAAUACUCCGUAAUUCCGAAUAUUCGUCAAUGGACUUGAUCUGAGAGCUGGCUUCAACUUCACCUCUCAAACACUUCUCUAGUGUCGCUGCUCCUCAUCACAUUCAUCAGAAUGAGCGAACGAAAUUCAUGGAAGUUAUUGAAGCAACUCGAGCAUAUAUUGGAGUCAGAUCCAUUGAUUGAUGAAAUUGGAUUUGUUCAUCCAUCUCAAUUUGAUGCUCUGAAUGAAGACAGUGGCAAUACAUCCUUGUCUCAUGACUCAGUGCUUCAACCAUCAGACAAAACUGUCGUUUCUAGUGAUUUUUUUUGGAGCUGUAAACAUAAGUUGGGGGUCUCAACCUCCGCUCUUCUUCCACUGUACAAAGCUGCAAAAGAUGCAUUCAUGGAUUCACUGAGACAAUAUAAAAUGCAAACUGGUAUAACCAAUGAUGAAUCUGAUCAGGGCAAUACAUCAAAGUUCCCCUCAUCAUCUUCUCUUACUGUUCUUGAGAAUGAAGUGAUGAAACAUAGCAGAGCAAUUUUGCUCCUCAGCUGUGAUUUUGGCACCGCAUGGAAUUUCAGGAAACUACUUGUUUCAAGGCGUUACCAGUACUCGAUUUUCAUGGAAGAACUGCAUAUGUCAGAUCUUGUCCUCUCAUAUUCACCUAAAAGUGAAAGAGCAUGGAGUCAUAGGAGAUGGGUGAUCAAGAUGGUUGCUGGAAAGUAUUCCAAUCUUGAAGAGAUAGUGGACAGAGAAUCAGAGUUUGUGAAAAAACUAUCUGAGAGGUCAAAAAUGAAUUACCGUGCAUGGAGUCACCGUUGCUGGUUAGUAGCCUACAUGUCAGUAGGUCAAUUGCUUGGUGAGUUAAAUAAGUCUCAAGAGUGGGCUGGACUUCACGUUGCUGACAACUCUUGCUUUCAUUAUCGUGCUUGCUUAAUGCUCAAGAUAUUAGAAGCUUUCCUUAACAAAGAUCAAACUGUAUGCUUCGGUGAAGAACUUCAUGUAACUUGGAAGGAGGAGCUUGACUGGGUUGAGAAGUUGAUAAAACUUUAUGUGGGUAGAGAGGCUUUGUGGCUUCACCGUCGCUUUCUCGCAUCGUCCUGGGUAAAAUAUUUUGCUGCUUCUAUGAUGGGUACUUGUGAUAUUGACAAGUUCAUAGAUAAUGAAUUACAACUAUUCAAUUCCUGUGCAACAAUAAUUGAUUGUAACUUCGAGGACUACCAAUCUCAGGCAACAUAUGCUGCUACUUAUAUUAUGUGGCUCCAGAAGCAAAUCCUGGUGGAGCCUCUGGGAGUCGAGUGUCACGGGAAGCUACGAGUCAGUGGGCUGAAGUCAUUGUUGAAUAAUGCAUGCCCAGAGAAGGCUUUCCUUUGGGGGUCAUUGCUUGAUGUGUGUGGAUUUGAAUGAUUAGCUCCCAACCCUGCUCUAUAAUGCAUCUCAUCUCUACCUUUUGAUUUCACCUGAACCGGUUAAAAGGUGUCAGGUAAUUGCUUAGGCGGUCCAAGGUGCACCGAGUCACGGUGGAACCAGUUCGUAUACCGUGGGAUCAUCCCACGGUGAGCACCAUGUUCCACCCCCAAAACGACGUAGUUUUGCACAUUUUUUUUAAAAAUUCGCGUGAACAGUACCCGCGUGAACAAUUAUUGUUUUUUUUUCUUUUUGUCCCAACAGCAUGAAUGAUGCAACUCGCGUGAAAUGUAACUGCAGGCAAAUCUAAAUGUAACUUGUCUAAUACGGUUUAUAACAAAUAUAACAUUAAUUUCAAUGAAAAUAAGGAAUCUAAUUGCUCAUU